AUGGUUCAAGAACGUACGCGAGCCUCUCAGCGCUCGAAAAAUGCGAGUGAAGCUGCCCAAAAUGGACCCCCCUUGGCUAUAAAGAGCAAAGUUGUCCGACGGGAUCCAGAGAAGAGACGCUUGCAGAACCGUUUGGCACAACAGACCUACAGGGAGAAGCAGAGGAAGCGCAUAGAGGAGCUCGAGCGUCGUGCUGCAGGGCAAGAGACCGAUGCCUCAGGGACCAAUGCUGGGCCUCUCCCUGACACGUUCGGGCUAGUUCAAGAAUUCGGUUCCGAUCUCAUUAGUGACGGUCUUGGUGCUGAGACCAUCAAUCCCUCAUAUCUCCAGACCAACACAGGGACAUUGGUAUCAAACUCAACGACAGAUAUUGGGUCGUGGAACUCGAACUUGUUCUUUCACGACUUCGAUCAAUGGCUUACAGUAAGCCCAAUUUGCAACCAGAACUCAACAGCAGUCCUAUUUUUCAACUGUGGUUGUCCUACGCUUCAUAUCCCCAAUACUUCGAGAGAAGUUCUCCUCCCCGUCAUCCCAGACCCCUACAAAAACAAUCUUCAGAUUGAUGUCAUUUGCAUAAUCAGCGCUAUGCUAGAGAACUGUCUUGCGUUAGGAAUAACGCGCUCCAUGUACUGCUCUGACGACGCUGUCUCGCCCUUUUAUAGGCACAAUGCAGAGACAGAUCCUAGCUCGGAGGCUAUCAUCACAUCUGUCCAACGUGUGUCUCGCACAAUGCAUUUUGACCUGCGGCCAACGCGGCAACAGAUCGUUGUAAACCAUCACCCUUUCAUUGAUGUGAUCCCCUUUAAGGAUAUCAGGGACAACAUCAUCAAGCACAUGCACGACAUCGACGAGGAUGAGUUUUUUCACGACUCUCUCAAUCACUUGACUUGCUGGGGAAGUGUUACUGGGGCACACACCGGAACCCCUUGGGAUUCUAGAAGUUGGGAUGCGACGGAGGAGUUCUUGCAGAAGUGGUCGCAUAUCGUAGGGGGCGAAGAAGGCGAGUUGGCCAGGAAUUCGCGGUGGUGGAGAUCCCUUCGUGGUGAGAGAACAGUGACUGAGAUAUUCUAA